AUGGCUGCAGGAGUCUUCCUGUUUCUAGCGUUCAACUUGGUCUUUUUAUGUACCAGUGGAAACCAGGUCUCAAAAAGGUCUUUCUCAAUUGACUACAACAACAACUGCUUCAUAAAAGAUGGAAAGACUUUCCAGUACAUCUCAGGCAGCAUCCACUACUCCAGGGUCCCCAGGGCCUACUGGAGAGACCGGCUUUUAAAGAUGUACAUGACUGGACUGAAUGCGAUCCAAGUAUAUGUACCAUGGAACUUCCACGAGUCCACAGAGGGUGUUUACAACUUCACAGGAGACAGAGACUUGGUGCAUUUCUUAGAUUUGGCCAAUCAGACCGGACUUCUGGUAAUUCUGCGCCCAGGGCCUUACAUCUGUGCAGAAUGGGAAAUGGGGGGACUUCCAGCAUGGUUACUUCAGAAACCAAACAUUAUCCUUCGAUCAGCUGACGCAGAAUAUCUUCAAGCUGUUACCAACUGGUUUGCUGUUCUUCUCCCAAAACUCAAACCCUGGCUCUAUAUCAAUGGAGGAAACAUUAUUACUGUGCAGGUGGAGAAUGAAUAUGGAAGUUACUUUGCAUGUGACUACAACUAUAUGCGGCACCUUCGUACUCUGUUCCGUCUCUUUCUGGGAGACCAGACGGUCUUGUUCACCGUCGAUGGAAACACAGACAAAGAGAUGACAUGUGGUAGUUUAGGAGGAUUAUAUGCCACAGUGGACUUUGGUACAGACACAAACGUAAAAGAAGCUUUCAAAAGACAGAGACGGUUUGAACCCAGGGGUCCAUUGGUGAAUUCAGAGUUCUACACUGGUUGGCUGGACCACUGGGGAGACCCGCAUGCCAUGGUGGGCACAGAAAAGAUAAUUCGAGUGCUAUCAGAAAUGUUAGUUUUGGGAGCUAACGUAAACAUGUACAUGUUUGAAGGAGGUACAAACUUUGGAUACUGGAAUGGUGCUGACCAUGACACUCGGUAUCGCUCGGUUGUAACCAGCUAUGAUUAUGACGCCCCUCUCUCUGAGGCUGGAGACCCCACUGAAAAACUGCUGGCCAUCAGAGAAGUCAUUAAAAUGUUUAGAGACGUUCCUACCGGACCUAUGCCUCCUGCCACUCCCAAAUAUGCAUAUGGAUUUGUCACACUUAAAAAGGUUGGUGAAGUGGGCUCCCUCUUAAGCAUCAUCUCACCCAUGGGGCCAGUGAAAUCUCAGUAUCCUCUGACUUUUGAACAACUCAAACAGUACUAUGGUUACGUGCUGUAUCGGACCACAUUGCCCCGGGACCUCUCAGAGCCCACCCCACUUAUCUGUCCUCUCAAUGGGAUUCAUGACCGUGCAUACGUGUCGGUCAAUGGGGUUUACCAAGGUCUAUUGGAAAGAGACAUUACACUUGUGACAAACGUGACUGGAAAGCAAGGCGACACAUUGGAUAUUUUGGUCGAAAACAUGGGCAGGGUAAACUUUGGCAGCAAGAUCAAUGACUACAAGGGUAUUUUGAGUAAUCUAAUUUUGGGUCAAGAUGUAUUGACUGACUGGAACAUAUAUCCUCUGGACAUUGAUGGAGCCAUUGCUGGUGGAUGGCCUCAUUCGGUAAAUGCAAAGCUCAAACCUCCCGCAAAGAAAGAAGAGCUUUUGGGACCAACAUUCUAUAUGGGAACUUUUGAGUCCAAUGGUCUUACUUGGGACACCUUUCUUAAACUCCAUGAAUGGACAAAGGGGCAGGUAUGGAUCAAUGGCAUAAACUUGGGUAGGUACUGGCCUGCGCGAGGACCUCAGCAGACUGUGUAUGUCCCAGGACCCCAGCUCAGCUCCACUCAGACCAACAACAUCACCAUUUUGGAGCUGGAGGGAGCUCCAACACAUUUGAGAGCUCUGUUUAUGGACCGACCUCUGCUCAAUAUCACCACCAGUAGAUCCUGA